AUGAAAGCAGGAUCUAGAGUGAAAAUUGAAGGCUUGGAAAGUGAGGCUGGGAAACUUUUGAAUGGCCUUGAAGGUGUUGUGGAUCACUACAGCAAUCAAAGUGAGCGAUACGGAAUAAGCCUGUCAGGGGAUUCUGAACUGAAAAUGAUCAAAGCAACGAACUUGAGAAGUCUAGAUCCAGCUAAAGAUUCCGUUGAUUCCCCGGUGUUUUCUGGAGAGGACGAAAUGAUCAAACAUCUGAAACUUCUCGGAAUGCCCCCAGCGAUGCUAGAGGGCUUGACAGCAGCCCAAAAGAAAGAAAUGUUUGAGAUGACUCAGAAACAGUCUAUUUUGGAACGCGCGAAAAGGGCUAUAGGAAUUGAUGCAACUGAGGAAGCCGAAUUCAAUGAUGUUGACGGUUUGUAUGAAUGGAAAGAUGCGGGGGAUAAGAUUGUCAUUAAAGUGACCGGGUGCACCGGGAAAGUGAGAUGUGACCUCCAGCACGAUUCAAUUCACAUUCAGCACGAAGAUAACGUCAUAUUGAAUGCCCCUUUGUUUCAGCACAUUGUCCCAAAAGAAAGCAAAUGGGAACAAUCGAAUGAUGGCAAACUUGUAUUGAAGAUGCAAAAACUGCAAAAAAUGCGUUGGCUUUGUGUCACGCGCUAA